AUGCACAGAGAAGAAAGCACUCAGCUGGGAGGUUUUGAUUUCAAAGAUUCUUCCAUUGAGGGAGAGAUGGGUGAAGACGACUCAGAUCUCAGUGAUGAAGGUUGCGAGAGUUGCUCAGAGAGGGUGAACGGUUGGGCGUCACUUCCCCAUGUGUGCUUGCGGCAUGUGUUCACGUUUCUUCCUGAUCAUGACCGCAGGAGUGCAGACAUGGUUUGUCAUCACUGGCACAAUGUCAUGCGCUCUCCCUCUCUCUGGCGCUACCGCUUCUUCCACUUCAACGGUCGACUGUCCAAAUUCAGGCAGUCUGAAUACUGCUCUGCUGUGACCUAUGCCCGCUACCUGGGACCCUACCUGGAGAGGCUGGAGGUGUGUGUGUGUCCUCCACGCAGGUCCUUGGCAGCCCAGCGACUGGAGCAAACCAUCAGUGGAUUGUUUUCUGAGCUUACCAGAGUAAGGGCCCCACUGCGCUCCCUCUCAAUUGUAAGGCUGGAGUUGAACCGGUCAGCCUGGACGUUACGGCUCAGGAAUUCUUUGGCAAACUGUCUGAUCGACUUCCUCCGCAGAGGGGCCUCAAGGCUCACCUCUGUUUGUAUGAACGGGAUGCGAAACGGCAUGCAGCAGGGCCUGGAGCUGCUUUCCGCCCUGUCACACUCUCAGAGCCACUUAUACCCCCGGUGCUAUAUCUCUUCCUUGGACUUGGUGGGGUUCUUUUCUGGUUCUCUGCAUGUCUACCAAGACUCCAGUGUGCCCUCUGUCCUGUGCCACCUGCAAGGCCUCACCAACCUGAGCCUCAGUUACUCCUGCCUGUCAGAUGAGCUGCUGAUGGCUCUCCGACAGAGUCGAAACUCCAGUAGAGAAGGGGACCGCUUGCAAACUUUUUCACUGCACUGCUCUUUGAAUGAAUCCCAUCGGCAGGUGGUGUGUGGUAACUCAUGGGCAGCUUUGGCAUCAACCUGCCCAGACCUGACAGUCAAGCUUACAGUGGACCAAGUCAUCAACACCGACCGGCUUGCGAGGAUACUGCAGCGCGAGAUUCCCCUGACAGAAUAUAGCAUGACGGCUUUCUACUCCCCUGAUGACGACUGGAGCGCCGUGCCCCUCCUCUGUAACCUGCUGCCCCAGUACAGACGCAGCCUGCAGUAUCUGACCCUGGACCUGAGCAACUGUAAUGAAUCACUGGAUGAGGAGCUGCUGGAGCUGGUUCAGGUGUGUGAGCGUCUGGAGCAGCUGAGAAUCUGGGCUUUCUUGGAAAUCAGGACUGUGGGGAGGCUGCUGCACAUCAGACUGACACAAAGGAGCCUACUCAACAAGAUCAGAGUGAGAGUCUACUCAGUAAAUGACAACACCGAAGAACAGGAAGACCAGCUAGGGGAAAUACUGUCAUCCUGCCCACAGCUCCCCCCUGAACUGGAGUUUUUCGCCAUAGUCUACCCCUUUGUGUGA